AUGGAACCAUCUCCAUCUUCAAAUCCAACUUCAAAACAAAAGAAAUCGACUCCUUUAAUAUCGAAACUCCCACGCAUCCCGUCCUUCAAACCAUCAAAACCCACCUCCUCUAAGACCGGAAUUGGAGCAUCAAAAGAAGAACUUCCUCUUCCCGAUCUUCCACCCCACCCGCCUCUCUCCCACCGUCGCCGUCGCCGUCGUCGUUCCUCCCACUCGACAACCACCCCCCAACACCCCGAACCCCGCAAACCCUCCAAACUCUCCCAACUAAAAUCCCGCCUCUCAAGUCUAAAACCCUCUAAAGCCACCACCACCACCACUACCACCAUUCCAAAAACCUCCCCUCCCCCCUCAACACCAGCCCUCGAACCACCAACCACCCCUCCCACCAUCCCCUCCCCAACACCAUCAUCUCCACCUUCCUCCCCCGCACAAUCCUUCCACACAGCCCACUCCUUCUCCUCCUCCCACCAAACCGACAUCGAAAACCCUCCAAACACACCUUUUAUCCCCUGCGACAUCUCAAUAGCCUCCUCAGACGCCAUCUACCAACUCUCCAGUCCCGCAAAAUUCUGGGAAAACAUCCACAAACGCAAUGAAAUGAAAAGGAUCAAAGCCGAAAAACUAAGGGAGGCGGAAAAAGAAGUUAGUUUGUGUGAAAGGAUUCGGAGGGAGAGGUUUAAGGUGAGGAAGGUUGUUAGUGUUAUUGACGAAGAAGAGGAGAUGGUGGUUUAUAUGGAUGGGAGUGAUGAAGAAGAUGGGGAUGAAGAUGGAGAAGAAGAAGAAGAAGGUGGAGAGGAAAAGGAAGCUGAGGAGACGGAGGAGGAUGGGGAUGAAAAUACGGGGUGUAUGGGGUUUAAUUGGGUUAAGAAACUUGAGGAGAGGUAUUAUGGACUUGAUGAGGGGGAUGGUGGGGUUGAUUUAACUACUGAGGAGGAUCACGGUCCUAUUCCCGACGACAUUAAUGUUAACGCAUCUACAGAAGAUCGUGAUCGUGACCAUAAUGAAGAUGAAGAAGAAGAUAAGCCAGAAACGACGAGUACCUACUUGGAGAGAAUAGAUGAACUACGAAGGGCAUUAGGGAAUGCGGUAGCAGAUGUUGCACUUAGGCCUGCCGAUUGGAGGAAGUUGAUUGAUUGA